CAUCAUCACCAUCUGACACGCCAGUGACAAAACGAAAGCAAAACAUUCGAAUUUGUUCCUGAUGAAAUUUUUAUCUAAAACUGUAGAAUAAAGCAAAAUUAAUGUAAAAAGCUCUCUUUCUGUGUCCUCACUGCUGACUAUAACUGGUCCUGAGCCAACCUCGCUGCCCAACAAUGAUAGAGAAUCUGUCCAAGAAGCGAAUGGUAUUUGGGAUUAGUUGUUUGAUUCUAUUGACGAUCGUGGUGCUGAUCAUCGAGUCCAAAUGGAUGAAAGCCGGAACGCGGCGACAAGAGUUCAUCAUCGAGAAUAAUUCCACCUGCUGGAAGCGGGAAUCGUACGAAGUGAUCAAAGAUUGCCACCCCUGUACGGCGUUCGAGAUUGCCAGCAGAUCGCAGGGGGUUUGCGUGCUCACCCACAACAAGGAAGUGCUCAAGUGCAUGAGUGGCGAGAUUGUUACUCGGAGCUGUGAUCGAGUCGCCUGGCUGGACGAGAAGCACUACUGGUCGUUCCAGAUAUCGCUGACCAUUGUGGGGUGUCUUUCGACGGCUGUAUCAUUCCUACGACAGAAAUCGCUCAACCGAAGGGCUAUGCUCAAAAUCCAAAACCAACUGGGAACCUGUUGAGAGUUAAUGAACAAAACCAUUUAGACAAGUUAAA